GAGAGAGAGAGAGUCGGGGAAAGGUAUGAGCUAUUGAAUCGUUCUCUGUCUCCUUGUUUAUACAGGCUUCUUCUAUAUAUAUAGAUUAGAUCCGAUUACUAUUUCUAAGUGAGCCCUAGAAUUAACUACUCAUAACAGGGACAGAGAACACAGAUCACUGGUGGCAGUAGGUGAGAGUGAGAGUUUAACAGAGUCUCGCUCUCUGAUUGUACUCCAAUUUACUGGUUUUCCGCCUGCUUCGAUUAUUGAAGGAUUGGGAAUUGGUUUAAUUGGGACUGAGUUCGAUGGGGAAAGGAGGAGAGGACUAUGGUAAGAGGGAAAACAUUGGUGUGGAAUCGCAGGAUAAAGACUAUUAUCCUGCUUGGUCCAAAGACAUUAAAGAGUGCGAAGAGCACUACCAAGUAAACCAUGAGUUUGGACUGUCGGCUGCAGAAGUUGAUAAGAGGCGACAGAUCUAUGGAUAUAAUGAAUUAGAGAAGCACGAAGGUGCAUCCAUUUUUAAACUGAUACUGGAGCAAUUUAAUGACACAUUAGUAAGGAUUUUACUGGCUGCUGCCGUAAUAUCUUUUGUGUUGGCUUGGUAUGAUGGUGAGGAAGGAGGCGAAAUGGAGAUCACAGCUUUUGUGGAACCACUGGUUAUUUUCUUGAUCUUGAUUGUGAAUGCAAUUGUGGGCAUUUGGCAGGAGAGUAAUGCCGAGAAGGCAUUGGAAGCACUGAAAGAAAUCCAGUCUGAGCAUGCCACAGUGAUAAGAGAUGGCAAGAAGAUUUCAAAUUUGCCUGCAAAAGAACUAGUUCCAGGAGAUAUUGUGGAGUUGAGAGUGGGCGAUAAGGUGCCUGCAGAUAUGCGACUUUUGAGUUUGAUUAGCUCCACAGUUCGGGUUGAGCAAGGUUCUUUGACGGGAGAGAGUGAAGCAGUGAGCAAGACUGUUAAAACUGUUGCUGAAAACACAGAUAUACAAGGGAAAAAAUGCAUGGUGUUUGGGGGAACAACAGUGGUGAAUGGAAAUUGUAUAUGCUUGGUUACACAAACCGGAAUGAAUACAGAAAUUGGAAAGGUGCACUCACAGAUCCAUGAAGCCUCACAGAAUGAGGAGGAUACCCCAUUGAAGAAGAAAUUGAAUGAGUUCGGUGAGCUUCUAACAGUGAUAAUUGGAGUCAUUUGUGCAUUGGUUUGGCUGAUUAAUGUGAAGUACUUCCUUAGUUGGGAAUAUGUUGAUGGUUGGCCUAAGAAUUUUAAGUUCUCAUUUGAGAAGUGCACAUAUUACUUUGAGAUUGCUGUGGCAUUGGCAGUGGCUGCUAUACCAGAAGGGUUACCUGCAGUCAUUACUACAUGUUUGGCUCUUGGAACUAGAAAGAUGGCUCAAAAGAAUGCACUUGUUAGAAAGUUGCCCAGUGUUGAGACUCUAGGUUGUACAACAGUGAUCUGUUCUGAUAAAACAGGUACUUUAACAACCAAUCAGAUGGCUGUCUCGAAGCUAGUGGCUAUGGGUUCUAGGAUUGGUACUCUUCGAUCUUUCAAUGUGGAAGGGACUACGUAUGACCCCUUCGAUGGGAAAAUAGAGGACUGGCCAGUGGGUCAAAUGGACUCUAAUCUUCAGACUAUUGCAAAGAUUUCUGCAGUCUGCAAUGAUGCUGGUGUGGAGCAAUCUGGUCAACAUUAUGUUGCCAGUGGAAUGCCUACUGAGGCUGCAUUAAAGGUCCUUGUUGAGAAAAUGGGAUUUCCGGGUGGACUUAAUGAAUCAUCUUCAGGUCAUGGGGGCGUUCUACGUUGCUGUCAACUCUGGAACAAAAUGGAUCAACGCAUUGCAACUCUUGAGUUUGACCGAGAUCGGAAAUCCAUGGGAGUUAUUACUAAUUCCAGCACAGGCAAAAAAUCACUUCUAGUGAAGGGUGCUGUGGAGAACAUAUUGGAGAGAAGCUCAUAUGUUCAGUUGCUUGAUGGCUCAGUUGUGGAAUUGGAUCAGUAUUCAAGAGAGCUUAUUUUGCAAAGCCUUCAUGACAUGUCAACAAGUGCUUUACGUUGUCUAGGUUUUGCUUACAAAGUAGACCUGCCAACAUUUGAAACAUAUAAUGGUGAUGAGGACCACCCAGCCCAUGAGCUUUUACUUAAUCCAUCUAAUUAUUCCUCUAUUGAGAGUGAACUCAUUUUUGUUGGUUUAGUUGGACUCAGGGAUCCUCCUCGGAAAGAGGUUCGCCAGGCAAUUGAGGACUGCAAAGCUGCUGGAAUCCGUGUUAUGGUCAUUACAGGUGACAACAAAAAUACAGCAGAAGCUAUUUGUCGAGAAAUUGGUGUAUUUGGACCUUAUGAUGAUAUUAGUUCAAGAAGCUUGACUGGGAAAGAAUUCAUGGAUCAUCCUGAUCAAAGAAAUCAUCUAAGGCAAGAUGGAGGGCUGUUGUUCUCUAGGGCUGAACCAAGGCAUAAACAAGAGAUAGUGAGGUUGCUUAAAGAGGAUGGUGAAGUUGUUGCUAUGACAGGAGAUGGAGUGAAUGAUGCACCUGCCUUGAAGUUGGCUGAUAUUGGUAUAGCAAUGGGCAUUGCUGGGACAGAGGUUGCCAAAGAAGCCUCUGACAUGGUGUUAGCAGAUGAUAAUUUUAGCACUAUAGUUGCUGCAGUUGGUGAAGGCAGGUCCAUCUACAACAACAUGAAGGCUUUCAUCAGGUACAUGAUCUCCUCAAAUAUUGGUGAGGUCGCCUCUAUAUUUUUGACUGCUGCUUUGGGUAUUCCAGAAGGGAUGAUUCCCGUGCAGCUUCUCUGGGUUAAUCUUGUGACUGAUGGACCGCCAGCAACAGCUUUAGGAUUCAAUCCCCCAGACACAGAUAUAAUGAAGAAGCCUCCCAGAAAGAGUGAUGACUCAUUGAUAACACCGUGGAUUUUAUUUCGUUAUCUGGUAAUUGGAUCUUAUGUUGGCUUGGCAACAGUCGGUGUAUUCGUGAUAUGGUACACGCACCACACAUUCAUGUUCAUUGACCUGAGUGGCGAUGGUCAUAGCCUUGUGACCUACUCCCAGCUUGCCAACUGGGAUCAGUGUAGCAGCUGGGAAGGUUUUUCAGUAUCACCCUUCAAAGCAGGGUCACAAGUGUUUAACUUUGAUGACAAUCCAUGCGAAUACUUCCGAAGUGGGAAAAUCAAGGCUUCAACUCUGUCCCUCUCAGUAUUGGUUGCCAUUGAGAUGUUCAAUUCCCUGAAUGCUCUCUCUGAGGAUGGUAGCCUCUUGACAAUGCCUCCAUGGGUGAAUCCGUUUCUCCUUCUGGCAAUGCUGGUCUCAUUUGGAUUGCACUUUUUGAUCCUGUACGUACCAUUCCUGGCUCAAGUAUUCGGAAUAGUUCCACUGAGCCUGAACGAGUGGCUUCUGGUGGUGGCUGUUGCAUUCCCUGUUAUUCUAAUAGAUGAGGUUCUGAAGUUAGUGGGAAGGUGUACAAGUGGGAUGCGGUAUUCCAAAUCAAGCAGGCGUUGGAAGCAGAAGGCAGAGUGAGUUAUGAUGGGAUAAUAGGACUAUUAAAACGUAGGAGUCGGUGCCUGCGUACUAAGCCCCCUCUACUCUGAUAAUUUGGACUUUCAAUAUUUGAUUAGACACUGUUUUUCUUUUUAAACAAUAGAAAGUAAUAUAUACGCUGGCCGUUUUCUUUCUCA